AUGGCUGUGCGGAUUCGAAGCGAGGGCGCCACACGGGACCGUGCCAUGAGAACUUAUCCAAAAAACAGAAGUUGCGAAGUUUACACAGUAACGGGCAAUGAACACGGUCUCGCUGGAAAUAAACCUGCACAGGGUGCUAACAUUGAGCCCACACAGUUGUCUGAUGCGGCGGCGGCCACAGUGGCCUCCCCAUCUGCCGGGCCGGACAGCAAGGUCCUCCCCGGGGAGGCGAAGGGGGAGGCGGAGGGGAAGGGCUCCCCCUGCAGGGGGGGGAGGAAGUGGGCUCUGGUGGCGGCGCCUCUCCUCCCUCUCUGCGCGGCCAUCGCACUGACGCUCCACUUUUGCGCAUGUGAGUUGUUCUCCUCCCCGCGCUCCUCUGUGUUCUACCUGGGAGGCAGUGUGGAGUUCCCCAACCUCACCUUCACACCCGAGCUCGCCGAGCCCUCCUCCCCACAGUACCGCCUCCAGUGCCAGGCCCUCCGCCAUUACUUUUCAGAGCUGUAUAACUCCACCCCCUGGAAGUCCUACUACAAACGCUCAGGGAUUAUUGCCUUCAGUGAAGGAUCCGAUGGGCUCACUGUGUUCUACUGGAGCAAGUUCUCCGCCCCGCCUGCCGUUGCCACGGAGAUCCAGAAUGCCAAGCCGGAGCGGCUGCAGAGACGCCUGCCCUACACCAACAAGUUCCUCUACAACAGGAACGAAGUACGCUACCACCUCGACAAGGAAGAGGACACCAUGUCACUACUGGGUCUGGAUGGGUAUGAUGAUGAGGAUGACGAUGACGAUGAUGACAAGGCUGACAAGAUCAAGAAUCCCAACGCUCUGCAGAGCGGCAAAUGGCAGAUGGGGCUGCAAGCGAUGUCCUUUGACCUGUAUGCCAAGUAUGGCAGCAACCGCACGCUGAGCCUGGUGAGCCCCAAGCGCCCGUACUACCAGUGGCGUCUGCGGGUGCCGUCGGGUCACGUGGUGCGGCUGGUGGUCCAGACGCUACAGGGCGCCACGCCCGGCAGCUGCUCCGCCCACAAGCUCUCAGCAUACGACUUCCUGUUGCCGCUGCAGAACAAGAUCAUCGCCAGGUGGUGUGGCUUACCAGUGACUGGCAUCUCCCCCGUCAUGAGACUGACCUCGUCAGGAAACGUCAUGCUGGUCACCUUCUCCUUCAACAGGCAGCGGCACGGAGCCAUCUUUAAAGCCUACUUCCAGGCCGUACCUAAACAAGACUGCGGAGGCUUCAUCUCUUCCUGGAACGGCUCUGUGACCUCGCCCUACUUUCCUGCCAACUACGCCCCAAACAUGGACUGCAGCUGGAAACUCAGGACGCCGUUCCCCGGUUACCUGCUCUCCAUAACCAUUGUGCUGCUGGAUAUUCAGGACUCGCCAGGCUCCGGCGCCUGUGAAAAAGACUGGCUGGAAAUCAACGGGGUCCGCUUGUGCAGCCCGCUGGGUGACAGCAGCAGGAAGAGAAUCUACUCGUCUCCGGUGCUGCUGCACUUCCGCUCCGACGAGGCGCUCACACACAAGGGCUUCCAGCUGCUGUACCGAGCCUUCUCCCCAGACACCACUUGUCCAAGGCAGUUCCGCUGUGGUGAUGGCCAAUGUAUUGCUCUGAACAAGGUGUGCGAUGGAGAGAAAGACUGUUCUGAUGGGCGGGACGAGACCAAAUGCUCCACCUGCAGGCCCGGGGAGGUGUACUGCGGGAACGGCCAGUGCAGACCUCACGCCAGCCAGUGUGGACAGAACUGUGGAGACAGCAGUGAGGAGAACAACUGUGUGGGGAAGUGUUACCACAUGUGCCCCAAUAAGAUGUGUAUCCCCAAAACGUCGGUGUGUGACGGAGUGAUCGACUGCAAGGACAGGAGUGACGAGGCCAACUGCACGCGAGCCAUCCACUACGGUUGUUCUCAUAACUCCUUCAAGUGUGCUAAUGGCAAGUGUGUCAACAAGCCCAACCCCGAGUGUGACGGCGUCAAGGACUGCAAAGACGGCUCAGAUGAGAUGCGCUGUGUGUGCGGCACGCGUCCGAGGAGGAUGUCUAAGAUCGUGGGCGGCAUCGACGCCCAGACUGGCUCCUGGCCAUGGCAGGUGAGCCUCCAGAUGGAGCGCUAUGGCCACGUGUGCGGCGCCUCUCUGGUCUCCUCCCGAUGGCUCAUCUCUGCUGCACACUGCUUUCAGGACUCAGACGCCAUCAAGUACUCGGACGCCCGCUCCUGGCGCGCCUACAUGGGCAUGCGCGUCAUGAACACGGCCAGCAACGCGGCGGCCACACGCCAGGUGCGGCGCAUCACGCAGCACCCGCAGUACGACCAGUUCACCUCCGACUACGACAUCGCCCUGCUGGAGCUGAGCGCGCCCGUCUUCUUCAACGAGCUGGUCCAGCCGGUCUGCGUGCCCUCGCCCACACACACCUUCACCGCCAGGACCACCUGCUUCGUCACCGGCUGGGGUGUGCUCAGAGAGGACGGUGAGCUGGCGUCGUUACUCCAGGAGGCCACGGUGAACAUCAUCAACCAAAACGUGUGCAACAAGCUGUACGAUGACGCCGUCACUCCCAGAAUGCUUUGCGCUGGCAACAUGAAAGGCGGUGUAGACGCCUGUCAGGGUGAUUCGGGAGGCCCGCUGGUGUGUCUGGAGAACGGGCGGCGCUGGUUCCUGGCGGGCAUCGUGAGCUGGGGCGAGGGCUGCGCACGCCAGAACCGGCCCGGAGUUUACACACAGGUCACCAAGUUCACAGACUGGAUCCGCAUGCAGACUAAAGGCCAGGUGUAG